UUACACAGGUAUUUUUCUAUAUAUUUAUAAAAUCAAAAAUUCAAAAUUAUCAGUUACCUUUGGAAGAAAUUGACAAUGGACGAAGAUGCUGCAAAAGAAGAACAACAACCAACAUCAAGUAAGAAAGAGAAUUUGAGGGCUAAUAAUGGAGAUGAUCAUAGUCCACAUGAUGAUAAAAGGAAAUAUGAGACAAGGCAGAAAUGUGACGAGAAAGGGACCGAUGCUGUUUCAAAUAGCGAAUCUUUUACAUCGUCUUACUCUGCUAGAAGUAGGCUUGAGAUCGUGGAGGCUAAACUUAGAGGGACUAAAGGUCAGAAGAAGAAGCCAAAUAGACGGAUUAUUGGGAAAGCUGAGAAGAGAAACCGGUCGGCCACCAGGCGCCGGGUCAUACGCAAGGCAGCGCCCAAAAGGAAGCCCAGGGUACGGAAAGAGCGCGAGCCUUCUGUGUCUACAAUAUUCACCAGGUUAUAUUAGGGUCUUUGAUGUUUUUAUAUACGUAUUUAUCGUAAAAUAUAGAAUUGUUGGGAACAGAGAGGC